AUGUAUUUAGCUGUUCAAAUUGAAAAAGUGCCUCGACCUGAAUUAGUUAAACAUGAUUCGGCUAUUCUUGAUCUUGUUUUUGCCAUGGAUUGCACAGGCUCGAUGGGACCAUAUAUUGAAAGUGCAAAAGACAAUAUUCAUGGUACUAUUGAACAAAUAAUUGCAAAUGAAACGAGUGACAUUCGAUUAGCACUUGUAGAAUAUCGAGAUCAUCCACCACAAGUAAGUUGA